UUCAAAAAUCAGUUGUGAAUUAAGGAAACUUUUCAAGAAUCGAACAUGCUGUACAGAUUGAAGAAUACAUUUUACGCGCUGCGUGCGAAUCGCGUUUUCUUGAUAUUCGUGCUACUCGAGACAAGUCAACUUUUGGGCAUAGUACAGAGUGACUUUGAGGAUAUGGCAUACGAAGUUUUUUUCAGUCUGAUCUAUACAUCAUUCUCUCUAAGCAGCUGUUUCUAUGGCUACGGAAUUGUCGACCUACGGAAGCUAGGCCCACGUGGCAAGUUGCUCCGUGGAAUCUGUGGCGCCAGCAUGAAACUCUGGCAACGCCUGAGCUUUCUAAUGCUUCUGCCUUGGAGCUUGAAGGUGCUGCAGCAGAUUGAACAGACUGCUAGCAAUUGUCUGUUAAAUGAACAUCUAUCAGACAUGGAGCUGCUCUCUGGCCUAACGAUCUUAGCCUCACAGCUGACACUAUUCGUUGCCACACAGUUGCUAACUAUACGACUACACAGGAGGCUAAAGAAUGCUCUGAAAUUAACGCAAUACAGGGAAAACUAUGAGAUUCGUAACUACGCUCAGGCUAUAAAUAAUUCCUUUGGUUUCGAUAUGUUCGAAAUUCCUGAUCUGCCAAAUUGAAGCGAGUUCCACUGACCAAUUUUUCACUUAAUAAAAUUUUGAAGUAAAGCACACAUUUUUGUUCUCCUUUGCCCACAGGUGACGCUUGGUGGCCUGCCCCUUGCCGUGGA